CGACGCAGUCAGUCUAAUAAUGUAACUCAAGUUGAUGUGUAACAACGAGCUCGAGCUAAGAGAUUGCGAACUGUGCAAAGUUGUAAAGUUGUGAAGGAAGCAAACAAAAAAAAAAAAAAGCAGAGAAUUUUGCUUUUUUCGGGGGAAUACGGAAAUGAACAAAAGCAGAAGAAGUGCAUAGAAUGCGCGACGAUGUUGUACAAAAUGUGCAUAAUUUUAUAACUUAUUAUACUACGCUUAAUUAAAAUAAAAGAAAAUAAAAAUAAAUUAAUAUUAAUUAAAAAUAUAAUGGCUACUUCAUCCGAUUUAAUACAUCAACCCGAAUCCAAUAACGGUUCAGAUGAAUCAAUUAGCAAUUGUGCGAACUCUAACAAUUUGAUAGAGCCGCAGGUCGAUGAAGAAUCAAUACAAACAACUAAUGCUGAUUCCGAAGCAACAACAUCACCUGGCGUCCACGAAAACGAAGACGAUGACACCAAAAUGGAUUUCAGCGCAACACCAUGUCACGAAAAGACGCAGCAGUCGUCAGCACAAGCGGUCGUAGAGGACCAGAAGCAGCUACAGCAGCAGCAACAGCAAAAGCAGCAGCAGCUAGAGCCAGUAGAGCAAUCAACACCUGUUUCACCACCUUCUACUCAACAAACCCAACAACAAGCACAGGCACAAGUUGCGAAUAGCAAUUUUUCACCAGACGAAAUACCCGAACCCAUUAAGGUGCUAGAUGAUAUAAUCUCUGAAUUCGAAGAUACAUCAAAGCCAGCGAACGCAGGUGGUAAUGGAGAAAAUCAAUCUGAGGAUGAUGGCUACAUGAGCCUUAGUCGAAAGAACAUGCACAAGCAAGAUUUUGAAAAUGUCUCACAGAGCAGUAUUGGCAGCAAUGCGGCACCCGUUGUCACACCUACGAAAGAGUUUCACGAAUUUAACAAUAAAACAGAUGUUACCUGCCAAAAUUUGGAAACACCUGCCGAUCAGAAUAUCAUACAAUCAACUUUGCCAAAAGCGCGUCCAGCUUCCGCAUUGACGAGCAACAACUAUUCCAGUCUUCCAUGUUGCGGUGCGCGCUCCACAUCGUUAGAUGGGAAGACAACGCGCGGUGUCAGCUGUAAUGGUGAACGCAAUAAAUUGGGUAUCGAUAUUAGUGCGGUACAUAAUGCGGUACUGCGUGGAGGUUUGGCAAAAUUACCAGAGCCAAUUUUGAAUGAACAUCCCGUUACUAUAUACCCCGGCCGUUAUUCACCACCAACCGAAAACAAACGAAGCUCCAAUCGGCCACAACGUAUUUUAUCCUCUGUUGAGAAACACAAAGGAGUAUGUCAUAUGCUAAAUCCCUUGUCUUCGAUCUCCUCUUCAUCAUCCUCGUCCAGUUCGAAUUGCACCGGUUUGAUGGAUAGCAAAGUGAUAGAUAUCUCUAAUAAUAUUAUGAAGAAAACAUAUAUACGUAAGGAUAAUAUUGCCAAUGAAUUUAGACUAGUCAGUGAAGAUGAUUUCUCAGACGAUUCCAUUGAAGAGCAAUCAUUAUCCCCAAUCACUUCACACUCCUCGCCACACAAACAAAGUGGCAUUGCGUGGGAGAUACACUUUAAGAGUAGCAAGAAGAAAUCGAAAAGUUCAGCGAAGAAAAAACCACAAAGGAAACAUACUACCGAAUGUAUUACUAAGACGGAAAAUGGCAACUAUCAAUUACCUAUUAUGGCUAGUGAUGUUUUUUAUUCCAAAGAUGCUGAGCGUGCUUUUCGCCGUGAGCCGAUCAUCAUAGAUACCGUCGAUGGUCCAGAUAAGUGUGCAGCGCCUCCAGCGGAUAUUUUGAAUCAUUGCAUGUAUCGUCAUGCAAACACUAGUAUGUUGGGCAAGGGUACAUUUAUAAUACGACGUGCCACAAAUAAACCACCAACAGCAAUGGAUAUAUUCCGCAAUGAUGCCGAAGAGCUAGAUGGACUAGAUACACAAGAUCCGAGCGAUUAUGAAGAAUUCUCAUCAAUCGAGGGACACGAAAAUUGUAAGCCGAACGACGCGUUAAGUUCGAGCUCUAGACACCACAGUGGUGAUUUAGUAGCACCAUUAGGACCAACUUUACCAUCGCCGAGGGAUCGUCUGUCGUUAAAUCUCGAACCACAAUUACCAAAUAUUUUUACCAAAGAAUUACUGGCUGUGCAUAAGGGAGAUCGUUCCUCGUCCGAAGAGCUUUUAGCACCCGUUAAGAAGACAUCGCUUAGUAGAGAGCCAAAGAGACGAAGCACUGAUUCUAUCAAUACCAAUAAGUCUUCCAGCUACGAAGAAGCUGAACAACUAGAACCGCACGAAAGCAUUAACUUAUUUUCAAAUAAAAAUAGUUUUGACGCUUGCAAUGUGUAUGGCUAUAAGAACGAUACUGCUGCGUGUUUAAAAGGACAAGAAUUUGCUGAUUUACGCUCUUCGACAACAACGACUCCACACACCGAUCUCGCACCGACACUUGAGGAGGAAGAGGAACAGUAUAGUGACUUUAGUUAUAGUGGUGUGCCUAUUAAGGAAAUUGAAAAAAUCGAUAGCAACAGAAACGCGUUGAUGCGUGGAGAUGUACGCAUCGUUGAAGGUGGUGCGCAUCCCAAACGUCCACUCGAAUUUCGUCCCGGUGUUCAUAAGUCGGAGAGUGCCAAGGAGAUGUUAUUGUCUCAAAGUACGUUCGGUCCGUUGCCACCAUCGCCACCGUCAUCUAAUCCCGACCUAUUUGAUUACGAUGCUCUGCCACUGCCACCGUCUCCGAAGGAUGCCAUACUAGUCAACGAGAGUCAUCGUCAAAGCCUUGCCAAAGGUUAUAAGAAGACGACAACUGCCGAAAUUCAUACGCCCUCCUCACUGGGCAGCAAUGAACGUCGAAAUCGUGACAAUAUGAGCGCAUUGCGUUAUUUAAGCAACGAUUUACCACCUUUACCACCGCCAGCUUUUGAGAAUAUGGCACCGGUUGUGCCGCCACAUCGGGGACAUUCGGCGAAUACGAUGAAAUCGUGGUCCAUUGAUUCGCAUUAUAAGAAAAAAUCACCGAAAAUGUUAGGCUAUGGUAGUGGCAUUACCACGCCAACGGGUUCACAAUACGAGGGCUCCUAUUCAACGAAGCGAUAUGUCUCCUAUGGCACGAAGCGUAGCCUAAAACAGUCGCCACGUGAAGAGUUGCGUUUGCAAACUUCAUGCAGUCUGCCGGAAACACCUAUUUUCGCACGAGGAAGCUGUGACAUACCGCGUACACCAUUCCGACGACAACCUGAAAGUACAAUCAGUGGUUCACGUACAGCGCCUCGCUCCAGCACCUCACACAGUAUUAAUAUGGGCAACACCAUGGGCGGUAUGCCAGGUGGCAACACUUUCGGGGCUGGCAUGUGCCGUCAACGUUCUAUGAAUCACGCGCUUGCCUCGAAUGAGAUGUUACGUUUAGCUGGCGCACCAGCUCGCGGCUGGUAUCCAAAGCAGCGUUCAAUGCGUCCAGCGUCGACAGAAAAUAUCGAUCGUUUGAGUUCGUCACGAGUUUGGGAUAGUGCUGCUGGCAUGUCUGGGACUGGUCAGUCAAGGAAACCUUUAACGUUGCCUCCAAAUUUAACGCCAUCGUUUUUGAAUAAAUCACCAAGAGAAGCUCUACGUCGUGUAACAAGCCUUCUGAUAGCCAAAAAGAAAAACACGAAGGAGCGUAAGGGCAAGCCAUAUUCAGAUACCACACUCGAUGGAAACUUGACUUUUGAACAAGAAACUGCACUCCCACCCACGCCAAAGGAUAAUGCGCGCAAUUUUAAUAAUACGUCACAGAAGCCUCAAAAGAAAAAAGGCCUUUUCAAAAGCUUAUGGAAGAAAACAAAACACUUUUCAUUAGAUCAAUAAGUAACAACAAUAAAAAAAACAAACCAAAAUAUGCAAUUCAUUAAAAAAAUAUACAUAUACAUACAUAUUAUAUACAUAUAAUAUAUAAAAUAUUUAUACACAAUUAGCACACAAAUUCUACCCAUCCAUCCAAUGAACUGCAUACAAACAUUUAUACACACACACACACACACACACACGCACCCACUUUACACUUAACACGUAAUCACAGGUAAUAUAACAGUGUUGCACAACCGAUCAACCAUUAAAUAUUUACAUACAUACAUACAUAUAUUAUUAUCGUUAUAUACUCACAGUAAGCAUAAGUUAUAGGCCGUUAAAAAUGAUGCUCAACAUCGACUUACACACAACACACAUACACACAUGCAGAUUAAAAAUAAUAACAUAAAUUAAAGCAUACACGUAUGCUAUAUGUUAUGCCAGACAAAAUUUUUACAUAAAAUAUAUACAAACACACAUAAAUAUUAUUACAAAAUUACACAAAAUUACGAAUGCAUUAAAGUAUAAUGAAAAAAGAAAAAAAAAAUUAAUAAUAUUAAAAAUGAUUAAAACUGAUAAAUAAAUUACGAAUAACACAGAGUAUAGAAAUGCACAAAGCCGCAAAACUAAAGACUGAAUUUAAAGAAAAAAAAGGAACAAAAAAUUAAAUACAUAUUGAUAAUGCAAAUAUAAGACACAACUCAGUUCAGCUUCACAUACCUAAGAGAAAAAUAAAACAAAAAAUAAAAAUUUAAAAAUAGCAAAAACAAAAAACAAUAUCUUCGCAUUUUUUAGA